UGAAAGACAGGAAAGUUGGAGAAAAAGCGAGUCACACACGGGCCAUAUUUUCACAUUCAUGACGGUCCUAAGUAGCCAGUAAAAAUAGAUUCUUGCCUGCCGUAAAAUCCUGCGGAUUUGUAGGCAGGCUUGUAAAACAGUACAACAUACAUACACACAAAUGCACGUGGCUAGUCAGUCACUUGCUCGCUGUACAAAAGAUGAGUGCACAUGGAGGGAACAGGGGGCAAGGCAGGCCAUGCUAUGUAUCUAUCUGCUUGUCGUUGUGGGCGUCGAGCGGCGCCGAUGCCUCGCACUCCUUCCUGCAAACCAGUCAGGGAUCCGAAACGUAAGACAUCGAUAAAAUCGAUAGACUGACUGACCAGACUUUGCAUGAGUUGUCUUUUGAGGCUGUGAUGAGGGUGUCCCCCUCGUAGUUGAAGGCACACGAAAACACCUCAUCUGUGUGACCCUGACACAUACACAUACAAUGUGCACGCACCAUCCCGCGUAUGCCUGCCAUGGUUUGGCUGAUGCUCACUCACCUGCAAAACUUGUAUGCAGUCGCCCGUGUCGACGGACCACAGGCGGCACGUGGUGUCGCUGGACGCCGUCAGCACGCGGUGGCCGUUGGGCGAAAACGCACACUGCACCCCAUACGCAGACAACACGAUAGGCGAUAGCAUGCAGUGAGCCGUUCGGUCUUUUCUCACUUUUGAUAUUUCCUUGUCGUGUCCAACCAUGAUGGCCGAGCACUGAGCUGUCGCGACAUUGUACACCUGUAGGCGGACCCAUUUUAUGGACCAUGCAAUGUUUCGGCCGGUGCGUCUGUGACCCAAUAACCACCCACUGACUCCCUGCCUGCUUCCUUACCCGUGCAGUGGCGUCCGCCGAUGCGGUGACGAUUUUGUUGCCGACAUUGUUGAAGGCACAGUCGAGGACCUCGUCGGUAUGGCCGCGGAACGUGUCCAUGCAUGCACCGCUGCCCGUGUCCCACAACCGACACGUCCUGAUCGAUGCACAAACAUAGGUAGACAUACGGGCCCGUUCGCUUAUCACGCUAUCCCCGCUGUCACUCGGCUCACUUGUCUAUCGAUCCAGUGAUGCAGUAAUCGCCCGUCCAGUCGAACUGAGUCGUCGAAAUCUCCCCCGUGUGACCUGCUCAUCAUCCACAGAUACACACACUCAUGAGGCUUUGCUCAUGAGCCGUGAUGUGGGCGGCGGUGGGGUGGUCACUCACUCACCCUUGAGUGUGUGAAUGCAUUUGCCAGUCUCGACGUCCCACAUUUUGGCGGUCAUGUCGAAGGAGCCCGUGACGAUCUUGUCGCCGUCGGUGUUGAAAUGCACACUCACUAUCUCUGCCUGGUGACCCUGUUCACGUUCAGCACAUCACAGGAAAAACAGAUAUGAGACCUGCUGCCCAUUGUUCAGUUGGUCUGGUCGGGCUUGCCUGCAGCACAGCUAGCUGCGUGUUGGUCUCGACGUCCCACAAGACGGCCCGGUGAUCCAUCGAGCCCGUCGCCAGGCGAGUGCCCUGCAAACGCCAACAUCAACAUACCACCAUUUACAACGCACCCAUUCAUCGACGCUGGCCGUGCACAUGUGGGGCGAGGGCGUACUAACCUGUGGGUUGAAUGCCACACAGACUAUCUCCGCCUCAUGACCCCGCAUGAUGUGCAAACAUCGCCCGGUGGUGCUGUCCCACAGCCGGGCUGUCUUGUCAAACGAACCCUGCACCACCACCACAACGUAAGAGCCACUUGUCGGUCACGGUGCUUUGUCUGUCGUCCCUCCCUCCCUCCCUCCCUCCCUCUCUCCCUCCCUGCGUACGUACGGUAGCUAUUUUGUCGCCAAACGGAUUGUUGAAUGCCAGUGCAUAGACGACGUUCUUGGACCCCUCGAGGGCCAGCACCUCGUCGCCUGUGUUGGUGUCCCACACGCGACACGUCCGGUCAUAGGAACCUACACAGACAUACACAGACAGGCACAGAAGAGGCCCAACUCCACCCGACUGCCCUCUCCGUUUCACCCCACACCCCGACCACUCACUCACCAGUGAUAAACUUGGAGCCAUCCUUGUUGAAUGCACAGUUGGUGAGCGGCAGUAUAUGCGCCCUUAGCGUGCGGUAGAGGUAGUACCGUUGGCUGAGGUGGUCCUCACACUUGGCGGCGAGCUUCCUGAUCAGCCUCGACAGCAGCAGAUGGUGGCUCUCGCGCAGCAGGGGCUCCUCACGGAUGAUGUGCGACGCAAGUGCGUCCGUGUCUGAGUCCUCUUUGAGAGUCAGCAGGUCGAUGGCCUUGCUCUCCAGCUGACCGCUGCUGCGUUCAUACUCGAGGAUGAUCCCAGGCGGGUAAUACCGCAGCAGAAACCGCUUCAGCUUCAUCGGCACUAUGAUAUCAAAUCACAUGGAUGAAAACCAUCAGGAACCUGCAGAAGGCGCCUUCCUUGGUACACUCGAAGCCUUUCAGGGAAAAAACGCGAAAGAGAC